CUCACAAGAUUCCACAUGGCGGCCAUGUUGACAUCAUCCAGCAUGAAGGCGGCUUGGAUUGCCUACAUCUUGGCUGUGACUGCUUACCAGUGCAGAGGACAAGAAUCCACAACAGUUUCAGGAAAUUUGAAGUGUGUUGAUGACGGAGACUGCAGUCAGAAUGCUAACUGCAGAGAAGACUUAUGUGAAUGCAAAGAUGGGUUUUACAGUGAUGGUGCAAACUGUAAGAAAAAACACUAUCCUGGAACCACCUGUGAUAAUGAUGAGCAGUGCGUGACAGAUUCGAAUUGCGAACCCAGUUCUAAGACGUGUCAGUGUAACAGAGACUUCUACAAGUCAGCACACAGGUGUUUUCCGAGAAUUGCUCUCCUAGGUUAUUGUCCUACAUUGACCUCCACAAACCAAUGUGUUGAGAAUGCAUCAUGUGUCAGCAGUUCAACAAUGCCUUAUUCAGUCUGCCAGUGUUAUUCAGAGUAUUACAUGCACAACAACAUGUGUCUUCCAAAAAUAGCUCCACAAGAAGUUUGCAGUCAGUCUGGUCCUGUUGAUCAGUGUGUUAAAGGCGCAUCCUGUGUUUACAUGGCUACACGUUCUACUAAAGUGUGUCAAUGUGAUACAGGAUUUUACACAUAUGACCGCAUGUGUAUUCCAGAAAUAAUGCCUGGAAAUAGUUGUGGACCUCCUGACCGAUGUAUUAAGAAUGCUGAAUGUGACCCGAUUAAAUCAACAUGCAAAUGUCUGCAGUCAUUUUUCUUUUCAACUGAUAAAUGUAUUCCCAUUUCUUAUUUAAUCCCAAGAGAUGCGACUGUUAGCGAAGUCGGUGCAUUUAAUGUAACCAUCGAAUGGAUGCCCCCAGAUGUCAGCGGUCCUUCAUUUGAAUACAAGAUUGAGACUUCCCCAUCCGACACACCUCCAGUUACCACUAAUAUGUCAAUGUACACAUUACAAAAGCUGAUUCCAGGGGAAUUGUACAACAUCUCUCUGAGGACCAUGAUACUGGACACAGAUUCAGUAAGAAAGGAAUCUCCACCAGUUAAUAUUAUACAGCAAACACGUCCUGAUAAACCAUGGAUAACAGACAAAGAUAGCAGUGUUCCCAUGUCCUUGACAUUUGCGUGGACAGUGAAAGGUUAUUUCGACACAUUCACUAGUACACUGUGUGAAUGUGAUAAUUCCUGUAAUAAACAAUGUCAACAUUUUACAACAAAGAGCAAAUCUGAAUCAUUUAAGAACCUCAAAAGCUACACCAGAUACAAGCUGAAUGUUACUGCUAGACAGGGAAGUCUUACCGGAGAGACCACUGUUGUUUAUAAGACAACGAAAAGUGAUGCUCCUGAUAGUGUGAUGGACCUGCAAAUGGUAGACAUAGAAGCUACAAGUUUUUCUGUGAUGUUUUCCAACUCUACUAAUGUGGUUGCCUAUCAGAUUGCCAUUAACAACACAGCCAGGAAAUCUUCUGAUUGUGUUAUGCUUAGAAUCAAUGGAACAACAUGUAGUAAGCUGACCAACUGGGUAAGCUGUAACUCAACCUCCAACUUCUCUGUGAACAGUUCUUCAGUUUUGUAUUCAGGUUUUGUCGAUGCUAUGCCUGAUUCUGAGUACUCUGUUACUGUGUGGGCCUGGAAAUGCUAUGCUGUUCAUAGGAGAAGCCCACCUACCAUUGUUUACAACAAAACAAAAAUUGCAGUUCCCGGUGUUAUUUCCAGCCCAGUUGUAAGUGUAAUUACACCCAUUCCAAACCAAAGUGCACUUGUUACUGUGAACGUUACCUGGCUGCCCCCUCAACCUCGGCCUGGUCCCACCAACUACAUCGUCAACGUCUGGGAUGCUGUCGACAAUGUCACCUUCUAUUAUGGAUGCUCAAGUCAUGAUUAUGAGAACACCAGCUGUCUGAUAGAAGUUCUUCAGCCGUUCUGGGAAUACUAUUUUACCAUUUAUGCUGAGACUUCGGCUGGGAGGAGUUCUGAAGUCACGUCAGUGUUGAUUGUUACACCUGAAUCAGAUCCAGGAUUACCAAAAUCAGUCAAAGUUUUCAAGGAUCCGGGUAGUUACCACCUUGGUCAGUUGACUAUGGAGGAUCCAGAGCCAAAGGAUAGAAAUACAUUUAUUACUGGAUAUAACUUAAUUGUCGUCAACAGUUCAUCACAACAGAAUUUCACUAGAUCUAGUUUUUUUGUACUUGGAAAUUUAAGUGAUGCUGAUUACAGAAGAAGUGAUAGCAUGCGUUAUUUGUUCCGUUUUGAUGUGAUCCCAGGCAUUUCCUACAAGCUAUGGCUUUAUGCACUGGGUCGAAACAACAGAACUAGUGGUACAGUGAUGAAAAACUAUGAUGCUGUUGUGGGAAGACCCCCUGCAUGGACGGGCAGUCAAGUUGCCGGGCCUGCUUUGGAAACGUCCACCACUUCUUUUGUGGUGGAAUUCGCCGAUGCUUCAUUUUUCAAUGACGGUACAAAUGGACAAAUUCAACGCCGCGGCUUGAUCAUUUCAAACUUCGACUGGGAACCUUCGUUGCAGCACUUUAACUUCAGUGGAAGUUCACUUGACACCCGUACAUGGCAAGAUGCACAGAAAUACAUAAGCGAAGGUCUCCCAUAUUUUUACCAAGUUGUCUUCAGUGAGCUCAAAGCUCAGCAAAGCGGUAAACUGCAGAUUCAGAUUGGUCAUGAUGUUGAUUGUACUGUUAAAUCUAGCGUGUAUUGUAAUGGAAAACUCCAGGAAGAGACAGUUUACUUUGUUAGAGGUUUCGCCUGUACAGUGGCUGGAUGCACGCUAUCCCCUUCAGCUGGACCUUAUGAGACUGCAGGUGAUGAUGAGAGUAGCUCUGCUGGAAUGUAUGCAGGAAUCUUUGUCCCACUUAUCCUCAUCCUGUUCCUUGCUCCACUUCUAAUCUGGCUUAAAAGGCAUAGACGUGUUGUCAGCAAGCGGUCAUCUAGUCUGUCGCUGGUUCAUAUCAACAUGCCCUGUGCCUCACGUACCAGACCUGUAAAGUUAUCAGAAUUGAAGGCAAAGGUGGCAGACAUGCACAAAAAUUCUAAUCUUCAUUUUGCAUCAGAAUAUUGUGAUAUUAACAGUCUGAGUCCAUUCCAUCCAACAAAUGUAUCACAGCUGGAUGAAAAUAAACAGAAAAACAGAUUUACAAAUGUUAUUCCUUAUGAUCAUAGUCGAGUGUGUCUGAAACAAAUUGACGAUGAUGAAACUUCUGAUUACAUCAAUGCUAGUUAUAUUGAUGGUUACAACAAAGAAAAUGAAUACAUUGCCGCCCAGGGCCCUCUGCCUUCAACUGUUGAUGACUUCUGGAGAAUGAUCUGGGAACAGGAUGUUGCUAUUAUUGUCAUGGUUACACCUCUCAAGGAAGGUGGAAAAAUAAAAUGUGAACAGUAUUGGCCUGAAGAUGUUUUUGAUCCCCGGCAGUACGGUGAAGUGAUUGUGGAGAACACGUCUUCUUCAACAGUGAACAUAUACAACCUGUCCGUCUUUAGAAUAAAGCACACACAGAAUGCUGAUGAAGUUCAUACAGUCUACCAUUUCCACUUUCUCAACUGGCGUGACAUGACUGCUGACCUUGAAGCUCACAAUCUGCUGAAGUUCGUCAAGACAGUCCGGUCGUAUGUCCGCGGGGACAUGAAGGGACCCAUUUUGGUGCACUGCAGUGCUGGUGUUGGCAGAACUGGGACGUUCAUCACCAUUGACUACUUGUGUCAGUUCAUCAAAGAACAUGAACUCGAAGAUGAAGUGGACAUCUUUGGCUUUGUUUUAAAGAUGAGAGAUCGAAGAGUCAUCAUGGUUCAAGCUGAGUCACAGUAUAGCUUUAUCCAUGAUGCUGCCAUGGAAUUGAUAGAUGAGAAGCAGAAUGUGGUGGAGUUGUCGGACAGCCAGGAUCUGAACGUGAACUCACCUGACAAACUGUACGUCAACGUCACGGACCAGUCCUCCAGUCCUCAGACUACAUACAGCAACGUGGACGAGCUGGCUUCUUCUGAGACCACGUGCAUCAAUGCUAGGGAGAAUGGUGGUUCCCCGACUUCUGAUAAUAGUCCGAUCACCAAUAGCUUGUUGACAUCAUCCAGCACCACUAAGCUGAUAACUACUGAACUGUGAUGUGUCAUGUACAUGAUACUGGAAUGUCUGUUGUUGAUACUGAAAUGAGAUGUGUCAUGUACAUGAUACUGGAAUGUCUCUUGUUGAUACUGAACUGUGAUGUAUCAUGUACAUGAUACUGGAAUGUCUCUUGUUGAUACUGAACUGUGAUGUAUCAUGUACAUGAUACUGGAAUGUCUCUUGUUGAUACUGAACUGUGAUGUAUUAUGUACAUGAUACUGGAAUGUCUCUUGUUGAUACUGAACUGUGAUGUGUCAUGUACAUGAUACUGGAAUGUCUCUUGUUGAUACUGAACUGUGAUGUGUCAUGUACAUGAUACUGGAAUGUCUCUUGUUGAUACUGAACUGUGAUGUAUGAUGUACAUGAUACUGGAAUGUCUCUUGUUGAUACUGAACUGUGAUGUGUCAUGUACAUGAUAUUGGAAUGUCUGUUGUUGAUACUGAAAUGUGAUGUGUGAUGUACAUGAUACUGGAAAUGUCUGUUGUUGAUACUGAAAUGAGAUGUGUUAUGUACAUGAUACUGGAUUGUCUGUUGUUAAUACUGAAAUGAGAUGUGUUAUGUACAUGAUACUGGAUUGUCUGUUGUUGAUACUGAAAUGAGAUGUGUUAUGUACAUGAUACUGGAUUGUCUGUUGUUGAUACUGAAAUAAGAUGUGUUAUGUACAUGAUACUGGAUUGUCUGUUGUUGAUACUGAAAUGUGAUGUGUUAUGCACAUGAUGCUGGUGUGUCUGAUGUUGAUACUGAACUGUGAUGUAUUAUGUACAUGAUACUGGAAUGUCUGUUGUUGAUACUGAACUGUGAUGUGUUAUGUACAUGAUACUGGAAUAUCUGUUGUUGAUAUUGAACUGUGAUGUGUUAUGUACAUGAUACUGAACUGUGAUGUAUUAUGUACAUGAUACUGGAAUGUCUGUUGUCAAUACUCAACUGUGAUGUGUUCUGUGUGUUAAUGUCAUAUGUGCCAAUGUAUCCAAGAUGGGUUGCUGUGUUUGAGAUCUAGUCAAGAAAACAGUAUUGGAUCAGUUAUUUUAAGUCUUUUUUUUUUGCUAUACGGAAUAAUGUUUUACUUGUGUGCACUACAUACAUGUAUAUAUAACAAAUGUGUUUUGGAUACCAGAAUAUGAAUUAUUUGUUCCAUGACAACAAGAGGAAACAUGGAAAACCAUGUGUUUUAUAUAAUUUUUUAUGUAAAAGUGUAAUAUUUUAUCGAAUAAGUGCCAAAACUGCCCACCACCCCUUGCAGUGUUGUUAAGUGCUGAUUUCCCACCCAGAACCCAAACAUACCCCACCCAUUGGAUUUGUUAAUGAUUUUAUUGAUCAACCAGGUCAAGUGAUGACAUGAUUGAUAUUUGUUAAGAUUAAUGUACUCCACCUGUUUGAUAAACAUUUUACUGUAAUUGAACGACAGAAGAAAUAAUAAAUACUAGUAUCUUUGACAAAAUUUACAUUAUAUGCUGUGCAUAUAUUGUUACAUAGUUAAUGUUUUUAUUUCAUUCCAUAGUACUGUUCUUCAUAACAAUUAAAACUUAGUCAUCCAUUCUUUGUGUAUUGAUUGUGCAUAACAGAUUGUUAUAUUUUUGUUACUGAUGUAGUGUGUGCAGAGUUAUGCCCCUUGUUUACCAGAUAAUAAUCAACCACAGAAAGGUUGAUUGACCAGUCUUCGCUCUGAAUAAACUCAAAUAUAGCUGAAGAUCACUGUCAUGAAAUAGUGCUAAGCGAGCAGUCACAUGAAGUUUAAAAUAAAAUGUAUUAAAAGCUUUAAAGACAAUUAAUCUGCUACUUUCCUUAAAUGUUUCAGCCAAGUGUAGAGGUAGCGUAAGUGAUCACUCGCUUGUUCUGGCAAAGACUGAUAGGUGGCAUUGCUGCGCAUAUCCUGUACAUUUUUAAAAUUGCCUGAACAAUAGUUACUUGCAUUAAUUACCAUAAAUGUAUAACCUAAUCAGGGUUCAUAAUUAUGUGACUUUUAUAUCAAGUAUUAAAUUGUAUACUAGAAGUUGUGUUCCAUAUUUGCCAUUUGAUAAUUCCCAAAUAGCUUCUGUAUCCAGUAUUUUUUUAGGUUGCUUAAACUGACAUUGGGCUUGCAUAAAUAUUUAUUUUGGAUAUACACUCAGACCUUGUUACAACGACCAUCGGUACUACGACAUUUACACCAUCCGACCAUAAAUUGUCAAGAAUGAACGUACACCAAUAUUGUUCUGUUCAUUACACUGGAAUUCACACUUUCCGACACCGACAGAGUAAAUUAGGAACAAAUGUGCACCCGACAUCUAAAAGCACCUCUUUACAAUGACAUUACAGAAUCACAGAUGCCGUAGCACGUUGGUAGUAUACAGCCAUUUGGCAUACUUGAUCUCAUCGCAAGCCAAGAGUGUCUGAGUUACUGAUGACAGAACAGAACUUUAUUUUGCUCAGACAAUGGCAAUAUAGGGUUUACAGUAGACAAUAGUAUUAAUACAAAUGCAAUAAAGUAAUAAAGACAAUUGUAUAACACAAAUAAAAUACAAUAAUAAAGACAAUAAUAUAGUACAUAUGGAAUAAAGUAAUGUAACAUUAUUGUCAUUAAUACUAAAUGUACUAAUCAGAUGCACACACAUAUACAUAUAUAACUCUGUAGACGUGUAUUGCUUUUGAAAAUAAGCCUUUAGUCUCAUUCAAACAAUUAAGUCUACUAGUUUUAUGACAUUUUGUCAAUAAAGUAGGCACCAAUCAAUUAAAUUGACUGACUGCGCUUUGAUUAAGAAUAGUAUUGUAUUUAAUGAUGGUCCAUGAUCCAUCCCCGUCAUCGGACCAUUGGGCUAUUUUUCAUUCCAGCCAGUGCACCACGACUGGUAUAUAAAUGCCUAGAUAUGUGCUAUCCUGUUUCUGGGAUGGUGCAUAUAACUGAUACCUUGCUACUAUUGACAACCAAUAACCGAUGAUUAAUACAAAUUUUUAUAAUGACAAUUUCGAUAACAACAAAAUGACUCAGGGAUGAACAUGGUCAUUGUAAUGAGGUCUGACUGUAUUUGGAAAUUUAAAAUGUAAUAAUAAUAAAUUAAAAAGAAAAUAUAGAAAUAAUUUUAGAAAUAAUAUAAUAAUUUUUUAUUUUUUUUGGCCCAAACCGCUGGACACAUUUGAACAACUGGUCCUGAAAUGUCAAUAUAUUUGUAAUUGUAUAUUUUGUGUUUGAUUUCAACUUCCAGUAUAUUGCAUGACAACUGUACCCUAAAAAAAAGUGUAUUUGUUUACUGGGAAUAUAAAUAGUAUUAAAUUUUGUACUAUUAAACAUUCUCAAAUGUUACAUCCAAUCAGAGUUGCAGUUGCAUUUAGUUCCCAAAUACUUGAACCUCUAUAACAUUGAAGUCCCAGAUAAUAUUACCGGUAUAGUGUGAAGCAACCUGAUACUGUUUAUAUAUGUUCUAAAUGAACAAAAUUACACAGUUUGUUAACUAUUUUUGUAUAUAUAUAUAUAUUAGAUUUAAUAAAAGAUCCCACAUUACAUUUUCAUGUGACCUUUGAAGGAGAAUUAAUUGUAAAUUAAAUACAUGCUAAAAAAAAAUCUUGCAUAUAUUUUGUUUAUAUACAAUGCAGUGAGUUCUGAUGAUAAAAUGUUUGUAAAUAGUGUAUUGUUUUAUAGAUAUGUAAUACAUGUUAUAAUUGUUAAUGUACCGUCAAACGUCAUCAUCUCCAGUGGUUCAAGGGAUUGAACCAAACUGUAAAGAUGAUGAUAGCUCCAGAUAAAUAUAGCACUUUUGGCUAAAAAAUUAUGCCAUAGGGGAAUUUCUUGUCCUCAAGAUUUCCUCGGCUAAAGUCUAUUUUCCAUGAAUGUGAUUCUGUGUUUAUCGAUACAGUUCAUAUAUACACAGUGUGUUUCCCAUAUACAUGAUUCUGCAUGCUGUCAUUCAGUGCACUAAGAAUUUUUUUUUUACCAAUGAGUGAUUUUUCCAUGCAUGUAUUUUUCGGAGCGGUAACGUCGAAUUUUGUAUAGUCAUCCACUUGCGAAAUCAAAGAUAUGGAAAAAAAAAAUUCCACGUGUGGAAACAUACAGGCUAAAUCACUUGCAGAAUUGCAUUAAUGGAAUGUGCACUUAAUGCCCAGUGAGAUAACAGGUGGAGAUAAUGAGGUUUGACCAUACAUGUAUGUACUAUAAAUAGUAUAAUAUACUGAUCUCAGCUAUAGAAAAUAUACCAUAUUGGUAAUGGAUAUUGGGGUGAUCGUCGCGUGUGUCUUACUGCAUUAUUUCUGAACAUACUUCAUUUAUUGGGAUGUAUUUUAUAUGUUACUUUAUUUUUAUAUAUUACUCUCUGUAGAUUUACUGCUAAUGGUAAACAAAAGAAAAUACUCGGCUAAAUACUUAAUAAAUUCUAUUGCAUACAAAACUGA